CCAUGGCUGCCGCGUCACGUUCUCCAGCCCUCGCCCUCCUGUGUUCCAGCCUCCUGAUGUUGGCCGGCGCCGCGGCGUCCGGCGACGUGCUGCCAACGAUGGACCGCUUCCACGCGUGGCGCGCCGCGCACAACCGGACCUACGCGACCGCCGAGGAGCGGCGCCACCGGUUCGAGGUGUACCGCCGGAACGUGGAGUACAUCGAGGCCACGAACCGGCGCGGGGAGCUCUCGUACGAGCUCGGCGAGAACCAGUUCACCGACCUAACGAGCGAGGAGUUCCUGGCCGCGCACUACACCAUGCCGCCGGGGCAGGUGCUCGCGGCCCGCGAGGCCGUGGCGCGGCUGCUCAUCAACUCCACACGCGCUGCCGGCGGCGGCGGCGGCAACGGCAGCUACUCCGGCGACGCCUUCGGCCAGGUCCCCUACAGCGUCGACUGGAGGACCAGUGGCGCCGUGACCCCCGUUAAGCACCAGAUGACUUGUGGCUCUUGCUGGGCGUUCGCGGUGGUGGCGUCGAUCGAGAACCUGUACAAGCUCCGGACGGGCCGGCUCGUCUCGCUGUCAGAGCAGGAGCUGGUGGACUGCGACCGCACCCCGCCCGACAGCGGCGGCUCCCCAGCGUCGGCCAUGUGGUGGGUCGCCCUCAACGGCGGCCUGGCCACCGCGUGGGAGUACCCCUACGAGAGCAGGCAGGGCCAGUGCAGGCGCGGCAGUAUCCGCGGCGCCGCCGCUGUCACGCCCAACAGCGAGGCCGCGCUGGAGCACGCUGUGGCGCGGCAGCCUGUCGUGGUGACCAUCAACGCCGACACCUUCCAGCACUACAUGGGCGGCGUGCUCUCGGGGCCCUGCGACGCCAGGACCAACCACGCCGUCACGGUGGUCGGGUACGGUGCCGACGCCGGCGGCCGCCGGUGCUGGAUCGUCAAGAACUCGUGGGGCGACGGGUGGGGCGAGGGUGGGUACGUGCGCAUGGAGAGGCGUGUCCAGGCCAGUGAAGGCUUGUGCGGCAUCGCCAGCAUGCCCUACUACCCGGUGAUGUGACCUCACGACAUCGCUAACCCAUGGAUGGAGUAUAUUACCAAUGCCAUGAAAUCUUAAGAAUGGUAAGUUCUAGUGGGUGUAAAUUAAUUACACCGUGUAAUCAAAACGAGAUUGUUGUACUAUCGGCAACCUCAUGAUCUGGUUUCAGAUUACUCCAAGGUUUGGAUAAUUUCAACAGCAGGUGGUCAUCAGAUUUUUAAGCCAAGUUGCUGUCAUAAAUGGAACCAUCUGGCAGAACAACACCACAUUUUACAAGCUCGAUGUCACCAACCCUUUGCCGUGAGAACCAAA